AUGGCCGACAAAUGGGGUCGCCGUACCAGUACACUGGUGGGAGAACUUGGCCUGACAACGUUCCUGAUAUUGAUUGGCAGUCUCUAUGCUGGCCAUGCGGUUCUGCCUACGAGCGAUGCCGGUCGUUGGGUGGUCGUCGUGUCUAUCUAUCUAUAUCGCAUUGUGCAAGCCACGACCUGGGGCAUCAGUAUCAAGGUGUGGGCACCGGAGAUUCAGCCCCAGCACACGCGCGCCCAAGCGAUCAGCCUCGCAUAUGGCGCCAAUUGGGUGUGUAACUUCUUCGUCGCCUUUGUCUGCCCAAUUCUUCUUGACAAGAGCGUUUCAAGCGCCUACUUUCUAUUCGAAGGCUGCACUGCGCUCGCAAUCAUUGUGAGUUUCUUUUAUAUGGUCGAAACGAAAGGAAAGUCUUUGGCCGAUAUUGAGCGAGCGUUCAAGGCGGGACUACCGGGUGCGAGCACAUCUAUUCCCAUGGCAAGACUGGUACAUACACGUCAUGAGAUUAAGGGGGCAUGA